AAGUUCGUUUUCAUUAUUUGAUCUAUUAUUAAUGGUGUACGCUAAUAAUGGAAAUUGACAGUAACGAAUUAGACAAUAAAUAUAUGCGUAUGGCAUUGAAAAAUGGAAUGAGGAGUAGGGAAAAUUUUAAAGUGGGAGCUUGUGUGGUUAACCCAAAUGGAAAAGUCAUUGCAAUGGGAUAUAAUUCAAUUUUAUUUCCAAAACUUCAUAGUGAAAGUAUCAACGACAUUAACUUCCGGUACUCCACUAUUAAUUUAGCCAUUGAAUCAGCUUUGAAUGAUCCUCAUAUCAAUUAUAAGAAUGCUACCGUUUACCAAACCACAUACCCGAGCACGCACUGCGUAAAAGAAAUGGUAAAGAAAGGAAUUCGACGUGUGGUAUUUUAUAACGAUGAAAGGUCAGAUUUAAAAGCCAAUAACUUUUAUACAAAUACGGACCUAUUUUUGGAACAUGGUGGCAUAACAAAAAGUUUUUUCAAAGCUCAAGUUGAAGGACGAGUCGAUUUUACUGAAGAUAUCGUUACUAAAGAGAUUCGGUUGAAUGCAAAUCUUGUGAAUACGAAUAUCGAAAAGUAUAAGGAUUAUCAAAUUCGCAAAUUUGGUUAGAGUGAAAACAAUAUUGACAAAUAAUUCUGGUCGAAUGUAGUUGGAGAAAUUAUUUUGAAACAUACCAUAAAAAUCUGUAGUCAAAUUAUAGUGUGAGAGAAAAAUUGUGCAUUAAAGAAAUCAAAAAAAUAUCUUGUUCAA